AAAAGAAAAGGUGAAGCUGUAAUGUUUCUGUCCAGCCCUCCUCUACGUGGCUUCCGCCUCGCUUUACGUGACCCUACGUACAUAAAUCUCGCAGUGAUGGCUGCGCCGCCCGAUACGGAGAGUUUGGAGUCUCGUAUCAACAGAGCCACAAAUCCACUUAACAGAGACACAGAUUGGAGCAGUAUUCAUGCCUUCUGUGAGCAGCUCAACAAUGAUUUGGAGGGACCUCAGUUGGCCACCAGGCUCCUGGCCCAUAAAAUCCAGUCUCCUCAAGAAUGGGAAGCCACGCAGGCACUACUGGUUCUGGAGAUGUGUAUGAAAAACUGUGGGAAAAGGUUUCAUAGUGAAGUGGGCAAGUUCCGCUUUCUCAACGAACUCAUCAAAGUAGUUUCACCAAAGUUUUCUCUUGAAUCUCAUGCUCAGUAUUUAGGCUCUCGCUCUCCAGAGGCAGUAAAAAAGAAAGUUCUGGAGUUGAUCUAUAGCUGGACGUUGGCGUUGCCUGAUGAGCCGAAGAUCUCAGAUGCCUAUCAGAUGCUAAAGAAACAAGGUAUCAUUAAGCAAGACCCAGAGCUGCCCCCUGACAAACCUCUAAACCUUCCUCCACGCAGACCUAAAAAUGCCAUUUUUGAGGAUGAGGAGAAGUCAAAAAUGUUGUCUCGCCUGCUAAAUAGCUCCCACCCCGAGGAUCUAAUAGCUGCUAACAAACUCAUCAAGGAAAUGGUCCAAGAGGAUCAGAGGCGAGCGGAGAAGGUGUCGAAGCGGGUGAACGCCAUCCAGGAGGUGAAGGAGAGCGUCGCUCUGCUGACUCAGCUUCUGCAGGACUACGACAGCACGACUACCAAUCAGAGCAACGCUGACCUGAUACAGGAUUUGUACCAGCGCUGUGAGAAGAUGAGGCCGACGUUGUUCAGGCUAGCGAGUGACACGGAAGACAACGACGAGGCUCUGGCUGAGAUCCUCCAGGCCAACGACAGCCUGACUCACGUCAUCAACCUCUACAAGCAGCAGGUGAAGGGGGAGAUUGUGAACGGAAACACGACAAAUGCAACGAAACCUGCUGGGACAGCACUGCUAGAUCUGUCAGGAUUGGACACUUCACCCCAGUCACCCCCUUCCUUCCCUGAGUUUCCCACUCCCACAGACAGCCUCAACGCUCCCUCACAGGAGACGGGAAUCAGCCUCCUCGAUGAUGAGCUCAUGUCACUUGGUUUAAGCGAAGGAACACACACCUCCAACCCCCUGUCACAACCAGAGGACUCCACAGCGUGGGAUUCCUUCCAGUCCUCUGACAGCAUUGACGCAGAUGUUCAAGCAGUGCCUAUUCUCCUCCUGAGCCCAGACCUUCCUCCUCACUCUCAACCUCUUUCAUCUGGCUCCAACACCGGGAACUCAGCUCUGGAUGAGCUGGACCUGCUGGGAAAGACUCUGCUGCAGCAGUCCCUGCCACCGGAGUGUCUGCAGGUCAAAUGGGACAAGCAGCAGUCCAAGCCAACUCUGAGGGAUCUCCAGAGCAAGUCAGGAACCAACGCCAGUACACAUCCUGUCGUACCCUUUGUGUCCGGUCAUCCCGCUCCCAUCCUCGGAGGCACGCUGCUGGACAAAUCUCCGACUCACUCAGAAGCGCCCUCCCCAGAAGUUACCCUGGCUAAUGUUUUUGUACCACUAGAAUCCAUAAAGCCCAGAAGUCUGUUACCCAUAACUGUGUUUGACGGACACAGUCUACGAGUUCUCUUUCACUUUGCUCGUGACUCACCUGUGUCUCGACCCGAUGUUUUGGUGGUGAUCAUAUCCAUGCUGUCCUCAGCCCCUAUUCCUGCCACCAACAUACACUUUGAAGCUACAGCUCCAAAGUCUGUGGGAGUGAAGCUGCAGCCUCCAUCAGGAUCUGAGCUCCCAGCUUUUAACCCCAUCCUCCCCCCUGCUGCCAUCACGCAGAUCCUGCUGAUAGCCAACCCUAACAAGGAGAAAUUUCAGCUGCAGUACAGACUAACCUUCUCCAUGGGCGAGCAGGAGCACAAGGAGAGCGGCAGCGUAGAACAGUUUCCUAAUUCGGAGAAGUGGGGGAACCUAUAGCACCUAAACACAACCUGACAGACUUUCUGCUUUUGGACUCAGCCUUCCUCCCCUUUGAAAUGCUCCAACUCAGCCUGUCUUCAGACCCGGUUUCUUUGCAGUCAUAUUGAUGUACAGUACAUUUGUUGAACGGUAAUGUUUUUACCGCUUAUACUCACACAGUUGGUGUGACGUGUGUCUGCUUUGCUCUAAAUUAGCCAUUUUUGUCCGGGUCUAGUUGGUUUUUAUGUGGCUACAUUCAACCAGGCCUGCAACUGCUUGUCAUCACAUUUUGAAAGGAAGAAAACAAAUGUGUGCAUGUUGCUCAUUCGGUCUGCUUUAUCCAGUUUUUUUAUCCUUUUUUCUAACUUGUCUGGGUUUGCCUCCACGUUAGCAUGCUCUACAAACAUGGGAGAAAUCUUGGAAGAUUCCUGCACCAACGAGCUACAUUUGAUUAACUUUUUGUUGUGUUUUAUUUUUGAUUACUUGCUUCUUCCUCAGUGGCUGAGUCACUUUUUGAUUGCACAAAGAAUGAUUAUUCUGACUGUACUGUUCCCCUUCAUCCUGUGUAAUGAACAAAAUCUACUGUAACAUGAGAGCUGUGUAUUUCCUGCCAUAUGUGCCUAUUUUGCUGUUGUAUUAUUUAAGGUUUUACGUUUUUGACUGGAUUUUUCCCCCGUCAUCUGUUACAUGUUAAUCAUUAGAUCUGCUGUAUACAUCUUUAUGUAUUCAAACACUUUGAGUUACAGUGUGAUUGCUUUGGGUUUAAGUUAAUAUAGAAGCAUUUAUUGGGUAAAACUGAAGAUCAAACUUAAAUAUAUGCAAAAUGAGCUGUACUCUGAUGCUCUUUGUGCAAAGCAUUUCACAGACAUAUUAGACUUGUUUUUAAAUCAGUGAUGCAUGGUAGCUGUGCCCCCUCACAGCCUCUUAACCACAUUCCACUGCAUUAAUUCCUUGUAAGAGAGCUCUGCAACGGACAACACUAUUCCUUUAGUUGUGUAAAUUUGGUCUGUGCAUUGUAGCAGAGCGCAACGAUAGAUUCUUUCACAUGGAAAAUAAAGUUGUUUUUUUUUCUUGGUUAUCUGAA